AUGUCGCCGAAAAGGUCGACUGGCUGUAAGGUAGCCCCCCAAAAGCUGUGCAAGCAACGGGAUAAUGGGACUUGUCUUCUCACCGGGUUUAGUCAAGCGAUCGAAAUUGCACACAUUUAUCCGUUGAGCCUCGGUCAGAAGGGGCAAAAGGAACAAAAAGAAUUCUGGAUAGGAUUGCAGCUUUUCUGGGCUCCAGAAAAGAUCGAGGCCUGGAAGAGACAGGUCUUAGGCCCAGAUGGAACGGAGACCUGUUCAAAUUUGAUGUGCCUGGUCAACCUUGCCCAUAAGUUGUGGGAAAUGGCGCGGUUUGCCUUGAAACCUCUGUCCCUAAGCGAGGACCAGAGUGUUCUUACAGUGCAAUUCUUUUGGCUGCCUCAUCAUUCAUACUCUCAUCAGAUGCCCGCGAUCAAGGCUCCCAGCCCUUUCCCUCGCAGUCUCUCCUCCAUCAUAGUGGACGGCCAACCCUCCGCAACGCUGUUUCGCAUUGACACCGAGUCAAAAAUAAGUUCCGGAGACAUUCUCACCUUCAAAACCGAUGACCCAGUCGACCACCCCCUUCCAUCCAUGGAGCUGCUAGACAUGCAGUGGGUCCUUCAUCGAGUCCUUGCCCUUAGCGGUGCUGCCGACACGACUGACGAAGAACUUAAUCCCGACUCAGAUAUGCAUUUGGGGCUUACCUCGGUAUAUCAAGAGGAAACGGAGGAUUCCGAGGAAGAACUAGAGGAGGAGGGGGAGGAGGAAGAAUAG